CGCUCCUCAAGGACAGACGUAGGACAAGUCGGUCACAGGCUGCGCCUCCUAUCAGCGUGAGGAGACAGGCAGUGUGGCCCGAACAGAGGAGGCUUUGAGAGCUUCCCGGCCUGCCCUGGCCCAUGCUGGGGCGCCAAGCACUGGUCCCCAAGGUCACAGCCCAGGAGGAGAUAGAGGCCCGUCUCCCGCACAAACAGCCUGGCCUCGCGCAUAUAAGCCAGAGCCACCGAGCCCCUCCCGGCAGCCAGGAUGUGGGCUCUGCUGCUCCGGCUGCUGGCCCUGGCCCUGUGGGUGAUGGGGCCCCCGUGGGGAGCCGGGGCCCCCGCCUCGCCCGGAGAGCCAGGCACGGGCACAGGGGGGCUCGUCUUCCAUCAAGACUGGGACUGGCUGCCAGGGAGCCCACAAGACCCCCUGUGCCUGGUGACCCUGGACCAGAGCAGCAACCGGAGCGGCACCCCACUUCGGGUGGUGGGGGCCCUGAGAGGCUACGAGCACGCCUUCCUCGAGGCCGUGCAGCAGGCACACUGGGGUUCCCGCGACCUGGCCAUGUUCGGGGUCUGCCCCGCCAGUGUGGGGCAGCCCGCACUGCUCCCUCUGCGGCAGCUGCAGGCAUGGCUGGGGGAGCCCGGGGGGCGGCGGCUGGCAGUGCUGCACCUGGAGGAAGUGAGCUGGGAGCCAGCAGUCACGCUGAAGUUCCAGGUGCCCCCGCCCGGAGGAGCCGGUGCCCUGGAGCUGGCGCUGCUGGUGCUAUACCCCGGGCCUGGUCCUGAGGUCACUGUCACGGGGACCAGGCUGCCAGGCACCCAGAACCUUUGUUGGUCCCGGGACACGCGCUACCUGCUGCUGGCUGUGGAACGCCCAGCGGGGGCCUGGCACAGCCCUGGAGUCACCCUGAUCCUGCAACCCCGAGGAGACGGUCCCCCCCUGAGCACCGCCCAGCUGCAGGAGCUGCUGUUCGGCCGGGACCCCCGCUGCUUCACGCGGAUGACCCCGGUCCUGCUCCUGCUGCCACUGCCCGGGCCCACUCCAAUGCCCGCGCGCGGCCUUCUGGACCAAGUGCCCUUCCCGCCACCCUGGCCCUCUCAGGAGCAGGAGCCCACGGAGCCGCGGUCCAGCGCAGACCCCUUCCUGGAGACGCUCACGCGCCUGGUGCGCGCCCUGCGGGGGCCGCCAGCCCAGGCCUCGCCGCCGCGCCUGGCCCUGGACCCGGGCGCGCUGGCCGGCUUCGCGCAGGGCCUCGUCAACCUGUCGGACCCCGCGACCCAGGAGCGCCUGCUCGACGGCGAGGAGCCGCUGCUGCUGCUGCUGCCGCCUCCCGCCACGGCCACGGCUGGGGAGGCCGCGCCGCUUAGGGGCCCUGAGUCCGGGCCCUGGGCCGCGGGCCUAACGCACCGUGUGGCCGCCGAGCUGCGGGCCGCCGCUGCCGAGCUGCGCGGGCUCCCGGGCCUGCCCCCCGCCGCCACGCCGCUGCUGGGGCGCCUGCUCGAGCUCUGCCCCGGGGUCCCGGGGGGUUCAGGUGGCCCCGGCGGUCCGGGCGGCCCGCUGCGCGCGCUGCUGCUGCUCAAGGCGCUGCAGGGUCUGCGCGCCGAGUGGCGGGGGCGCGAGCGGAGCGGGGCGCUGCGGGCGCAGCGCAGCGCGGGGGCCGAGGCGGCGGACGGGCCGUGCGCGCUGCGCGAGCUGAGCGUGGACCUGCGCGCCGAGCGCUCCGUGCUCAUCCCCGAGACGUACCAGGCCAACAACUGCCAGGGCGCGUGCGGCUGGCCGCAGUCCGACCGCAACCCGCGCUACGGCAACCACGUGGUGCUGCUGCUGAAGAUGCAGGCCCGCGGCGCCGCCCUGGCGCGCCCGCCCUGCUGCGUGCCCACCGCCUACGCCGGCAAGCUGCUCAUCGGCCUGUCGGAGGAGCGCAUCAGCGCGCACCACGUGCCCAACAUGGUGGCCACGGAGUGCGGCUGCCGGUGACCCCCAGGCGGCCCCGGGGCGCCCGCCCAUGUCUGCUCAGACCCCCA